AUGGCGGUGGUGAUUCAUCUCUCUGCUCUCUUCUUCAUAUCUGUGGCUGUUUUCGCCGCUAAAUUUGUGAGCGCCGAUAUUUCGUCGACCGUCAUCCCCACAAUCUCGGCUUCUCCCGCUGUGUUUCCCGACCCCGGCGUGGUCGCCGAGUCUCCGCCAGUUUUGGCGCCGGAUGUGCAGCCGCUGCUGCCUUCUCCGAGAGACAAGCCCGCCGCAAGUCCGCCAAAUUUGGAGGAGGCUUCUGCCCCGGAGCCAAGUCUGGUGGAGGAGUUUGCUCCAGCCCCUGCUCCGACCACGGGGAUGAGCGGUGCUUCCUCCGCUACAUUAGCUAGUGGCGUUGCUAUUUCUGUUGCCAUUUUCAAUUCCUUGGUGUAUAUGUAG